AUGCCUGUCUCAGGACUUACGGCCGCAUGUGCUGACAUUGUCUCUUUCAGACCGCAACCUGGUGUGGUGGAAGACAUAAAGAUGCCUCCUGAGCCAAUUGCCCUCGUCGGCAGCAGUUGUCGCUUUUCGGGCAACGCCACUUCGCCGUCCAAGCUUUGGACACUUCUAGCUGACCCCACCGACCUCUCUCGACCCAUACCAAACGACAGGUUCUCUGCUAUGGGAUUCUUUCAUGAGGAUGCAGAGCACCAUGGCACCACGGACUCUCCAUACGGAUAUUGGCUGGACCAGAAGCUGGACCAGUUCGACGCUGCGUUCUUCAACAUAACACGGAAAGAAGCAGAAGCCAUGGAUCCUCAACAACGGCUUCUCCUCGAGGUUGUGUACGAGGCAUUGGAGUCUGCUGGAUACAGUCUGAAGCAGUUUGCCGGCCGUAAUGUCGGUGUCUACACUGGCGUGAUGACAACGGAUUACAGAUCUCUGUCGGAGAGGGACGAGCUGAAUUCCUCGCAGUACGCAGCUACCGGCAAUGCAAGCUCCAUCAUUGCUAAUCGGAUAUCGUACUUUUACGACUUCCAUGGCCCGUCCAUGACCAUAGACACUGCUUGUUCGGCAAGUCUAGUUGCCCUUCACCAGGCUGUUCUAGGUUUGCGUUCGGGAGAGACAGAAAUGGCCUGUGUUGCGGGUGUCAACCUCAUGUUGACCCCUGAGCAAUUCAUUUCGGAGUCUAACCUGCACAUGCUCAGCCCUACUGGACACUGCAGGAUGUGGGAUAUUGACGCCGAUGGUUACGCAAGAGGCGAAGGCAUUGUUGCAAUUUUCAUCAAGACACUGACUCGGGCCCUUGCGGAGGGAGACAAUAUCCAGGCUAUCAUCCGUCAUACAGGUGCGAAUUCGGAUGGAAAGACCCAGGGCAUCACAAUGCCAAAUCCGACUGCACAAGCGACGUUGAUUCGGACGACGUAUGAGAAAUCCGACCUCGAUCCACGGGAACCAGACCAUCAACCGCAGUACUUUGAGGCACAUGGCACUGGAACGCCUGCGGGCGACCCACGCGAGGCUCGCGCCAUUGCCAAUGCUUUCUUUGGUGAUAAUGAAGGUGCCACUGCCAACUCAAAUGAGAAAUCUCCAAGGAAAAUACUGGUUGGUUCAAUCAAGACCAUCAUUGGGCACACAGAGGGCGCUGCAGGUUUGGCUGGUAUUCUCAAGGUCGUGGUUGCCAUGCAAAACAGUUGUGUUCCAGGCAACCUGCACCACGACUCCUUGAACCCAAGUGUCCGUCCUUUCUAUGAAAACCUGCAAAUCCCUACACAGGCUCUGGACUGGCCGUCUCCUCCCACAGGCCACCCUAUGAGAGCGAGCGUGAACUCCUUUGGCUUUGGCGGCACCAAUGCACAUGCCAUAGUGGAGAGGUACCAGCCUGAGAUUCACGGUCCUGGCACACGACUGAGUGUGCCCUUGACCAACACGAGACUUUGCAGCCAAGUCACUGCGAAGUACUUGACACUCGGAUCGCCUCAUCAAGCAAGCAUCUCGUUGCCUGUCGUCAUCUCAGCUGCCUCCGAACCAUCAUUCAUUGCUGUUCUGAAGGACCUUCUUUCGUACAUUGACCACAACCCCCACAUCACCACUCAAGAGUUGGCGUGGCACCUUUACAGUCGUCGCACAGCACACAGCCUCAAGGCGUUCCUUGUUCCAGGCCCAGGAAAGGCGUCAUCGAUCAUGUCGAGCCUGCAGUCUUUGAUUGAACAGGCAAGCCGAACCUCCCUUACGCAAUCUGGUGAUGUCGUACGCUCCAAGAAGACAUCGCAUGGCCCCCGCAUCCUUGGUAUCUUCACUGGACAAGGUGCUCAAUAUGCCGCCAUGUCGAAAGGCCUUUUACGAACAAGCACCGUGUAUUGUGCCACCAUUAAGAAGCUGGACCAAAUCCUGCAGAAAGACUGCCCCGAUCCGCCAGAGUGGUCACUUGAGGAAAAGAUUAUGGAUGAGGGAGAAGACUCAGAUGUGGGAGUGGCUGCCAUAGCUCAACCACUGUGCACGGCACUUCAAGUUGCCUUGGUGGAGCUCCUCUCCAGCCUCAGGGUAUCUUUCCAUUGUGUCAUUGGCCACUCCUCUGGAGAGAUUGCAGCGGCGUUUGCUGCCAAACGACUUUCAAUGCGAGACGCCAUCCUGAUUGCCUACUACCGAGCGAGCAACUCUCCGAGCCUAGUCACCUUGUCGGGAGAUGCGGGCAUCAUCGCUGCUGCCUCUGACGAGCUAAAGUCUGAAGGAAAACUUUCUAAAAUCUUGAAGGUCGAUACGGCCUACCACUCGUUUCACAUGGUCCAGCCAGUGAAAGAAUACUCGCAUGCAUUGGCAAGCUGUGCCAUUCAAGCCCAGCCGCCAGUCAACGGCGGAACUCCAAUAUGGGUGUCAAGCGUUCACGGUCGCCAGGAUGCCGCAAGCUCAGAAGAAUUGGAAACUCGGUACUGGAUGGACAACAUGCUUCACCCUGUACUCUUCUACGAGGCGGUGAAAAUGGCUAUGGAGGAACUCGGACCUUUCGAAUGCGCAAUUGAAGUCGGCCCUCAUCCUCAGUUGCAGACACCGGCUAUGGAGACAUUCGUAAGGAAUACGGGCAAAGAGCUGCUCUACCAUGGGCUUUUGCAGAGAGGGAGAGAUGCAGAGAAUGCAUUCGCCGAUUUUCUUGGGUUCAUGUGCGUCAACUUUGGGACCUCUGCGGUGGACAUUCGCCGUUUCGUCCAAGACUCUCUGCAACCUGAGCUUAUAUUGUCGCGUCUGAUCGAUGCUCCAAUAUAUGCUUGGGACCAUAACCAGGUUCACUGGAGGGAGUCUCGCCUCUCGGCCCAAUACCACUUCCGCGAGCAUCCACCACAUGAGCUGCUAGGUGUGCGCACCCGCGACGACAACCAAUUUCAGAUGCGAUGGAGGAACAUCCUCAAGGUGGAGAAGAUUCCUUGGGUGAAUGACCACAGGUUUCAGGGCCAGGCAUUGCUUCCGGCGUCUGCAUACUGCAUCAUGGCACUCGAUGCUGCCAAGGUUGUCGUAGCCGGCCGCAACGCGUCGAUUGUCGAGUUGCAGGACUUAAAAUUCCUGAGCAGUAUCAUCAUGGAGCCUGAUAGUCUCGGCGUUGAAACGCUUUUCACUUUUCAAAUCGUUCAUUCUCCCCAAUCGCAAUCCGAUCAAACCAACAUCAUCGAGGCCGAUUUCACAUUGACAUCGGGUUCAGUCGUUUCCUCGAAGCCCGGCCCUAUGAAAAAGAACUUUGAAGGAAGGGCUCUGAUUGUUCUCGGUGACGCGUCGCCAGAUGCUCUGCCCUCUCGGUCGGUGGCUUCUCUAGCUGAGACUUUGCCUGUGGAUGUGGCUACAUUCUAUCAGAUGAUGGAUAGCAUUGGACUUUCCUAUACGGGUCCCUUCCAUGCGCUGAGAUCCAUCGAUAGGCGGGUUGACUAUGCAACAGCAACUCUAAUCAAGGCAAACCCAGCAGAUACGACGAAUAUUGAUCUAAGCCCGGCUUUUCUCGACAGCUGCUUCCAUGCUACAUUUGCAACGUUCUCAUCACCGGGUGAUAAAGCGCUUUGGACGUCCUUCCUGCCAACGAAGAUCGGCAGAAUACGAUUCAAUUUGGCACUUUGUGACAAGCAAUCGACUUCAGCCACGAUGACUGUGGAGUCUCACCUCACCAAGUUCGACGCUUUCUCCUUUGGGUCUCCCGCAGCUCUCACGGCCGAUCUAUCCAUAAGUAAUGAAAUUGGCCAGACGGAAGUUCAGCUUGAGGACCUUAUCGUGUCGUCUUUCUCUCCAGCGAGGCCUGAAGAUGACUAUGAGCUAUAUCUCCACACCGUCAUGGAUGUGGACCCGGAGCUCGAAAUCGUCACCAUGGCUCAGCAGCCCAUGGGCGUCCGCGAACACAUAAUUGAGAGCUGUGAGAGAGUGGCACAGAUCUACUUGAAGUGGCCCACUGAUGUUUCCCCUACUGACACCCCUCCGAAUUCACCCCUUAUGCCCGAGCACCCGGUACAAUGUAGUGGGGAUGCGACGACGCUCGAGGAAGUCCCCGCGGAGGUGGAAAAUUUCGUCACCAACUCUCUAUACUCCUGGGCAUUAAAUGUGAUCCGCAGUCCUCAGGUCGUUGAAAUGUCGCAUACGCACUCGCUGGACUUCCCACGUAUGUACCAGUCUAUUGUUGACGAUGCGCAACUGAUACAACGCUUCCGUCGACAUUUGGGCAGAAUCGUCCAGCAGAUCUCCCAUCGUUUCCCUCGAAUGGAUGUCCUCGAUCUCACAUUGGCAGAAUGGAACCUCACUGAGAACAUCCUGGACGGCCUGAAUAACGAAUUCUCGUCAUUCACAUUAAUGGCGUCGACGAAGUCAAAAACCCUACUGAACCGGUGUCCAACUCUGGUCAGAAAUAAAAAGGUAUCUUUUGAGGAUCUCGAUUUGGACACGACAACAGAGACCAUUGGUGCUCCCAGUGGUGCGUAUGACCUGGUCAUUGUGUCAACCGCCAUAUUCUCAAGAUUCGCUUCUGAUAAGGAUGAGAUCAUUCGAAAGGUCCGAUACCUAAUAAGGAAGAGAGGCUUCUUGAUAAUUGUUCAUAUGCCAACUUUGUCGAUUCUUGAGAACAAGCUCAGUGCAAUUGACGAAGAUAUCAUCCAGAAUAACUCUGGUGCGGUGAUGCCUCCAGAUUUGGAUGGGCCGUUGCUCAAGAGCAUGUUUCUGCCGGCGGCUCAGAAUUCGACCCAAAUCUAUGCUUCGGGAUUAUCCAUGACCAUACGACAAGCCGAAGACGAGCUUCUAAUAUCCAAGAAUGGCAAGUUCCAGGAAUCAGUGAUCGUUGUUGGCAAAGCAGCGGCGCGCUUUGGUCUUGAACGACACAGCGCAAGCCACGAUAUUUGCGGUAACAAAGAGUUCAAGAUUUUCGACCACAUCGAGGACGUAACAUCAGAGGCAGCUUCUGCAGCCACCGUGGUUGUACUACUCAUGGAUCUGACCGAUCCAGUCUGCUCAAACAUGACCCGCGAGAUUCUGAGCACUCUCAAGGCAAUCAUGCAGCCCGGAAAGAUCAUCCUGUGGGUGACGAGUGCCACCCAGCGAGACCCAGAGACAGCUGCAUCACUUGGCCUGACCAGAACUCUGAAGGCCGAGAACCCCAACCUCAUCCUACAGGUUCUCGACUUUUGCAACGCCUCCAGUCAGUCAACGGACUUGAUCAUGGAUCGACUGAUGAUACUUCUCCUCUACCGGGACAGUCUCCAAAAAAUGGAUAAUGCAAGAGAAAACAUGCUGUUCACGUUCGAGUCCGAGAUCCACGUAAGUGGGAAGCGCCAGAUCGUGCCUCGCGUUCUCCCGUACAAGCCAGCCAUUGAGAGGUUGAAUGCAAAUCGGAGAGAGGUGUCCAGAACCUGCAAUAGUCUCGAAGCAUGCCUGCUCAUCAGCAGUGUCCAAGGCACCGAUGGAUUGAAUCGAUUCGAAGUCAGCCGCAUUGAGGACUGUGGCACGCCUCUCGUCGGCCAUCGCACGGGCAGAUUUGUCAACGUCGAGUACAGUUCGUUGCACCCUCUUUCAACUGACAUGCAUGAUCUGUAUCUCUGCAUCGGCCUUGCUGCCGACAAUGCGCAACCAGUCGUGGGAGUUUCCUCAUAUCUCGCCUCGAGAGCUCCAGCAUUUCAGACUAUUGAUCUCCCGCAAAACCUCGCGGAUCGGAGAGCUUUUGCUUCCUGGGUGCCACCGAUGGUGUCUGCGGCUGACCUAGCCGCCUCGGCUCGCCCUGGUGAUGUUGUGCUGAUCGAUCCAGGUCUCACAUUUCUUCAGUGCGCGCGUGCAGUCCUGCCUCCACGUGUUGGGAGUUCGGGAUAUGCCAUUCAUGUUUUAAUGACCAACCCCGACCUAGCCAGGGGACAUGCAGAUAUCAAGUACAUUCAUCCACUGAGCAGCGGUCGAGACCUGAAGCGACUCAUCCCAUGCACAAACCCUACUGUGGUCAACUUUCUCAGAGACGGACACGACCUGUCGAAAGUACUUCGGAGCCUUGCAGGCGAUUUUGAAUACAUUCAGUGGUCAACUCCAUUGCGUCCACGCCGUGAUAAACGGCCUUUGAUCAAUGGAUCGGCGUGGAUCGAAUUAUUGACUGGGUGCAUUGAUAUGGCUUGUCGCAAACCAUCACAAAACGAGUCACCCAUCUUUGUAACUCCGCAAGUUCUCCACGGUGCCAGCGGGCCAAAUUCACCAUUCGCCAUUGUUGACUGGAAGUCAGACCGCUAUGUCACGAUUCCAGUAAAGCCACUGGUUGAGCCAAGGUUACUCAAGUCUAACCGGACUUACCUUCUGGUUGGCUUGACGCGUGAUCUUGGCCAGAGUCUCUGUCGCUUGUUCAUACGGCAUGGUGCAAGAAACAUUGUGGUGGCUAGCCGAAGUCCGAACAAAGCUGCCAUUUGGAUCUCGGAGCUAAACUCGGAGGGGGCUAAUAUUCGAGCCCAGCAGCUUGAUGUUACCGACCUAGAGAGCGUCAAAUAUUUAAGCACAACUCUGUCGAACGUUGGAGGCAUCGUCAACGGCGCCAUGGUUCUAGAGGACAAGGUGUUCGCCCAGAUGGACAUCGACACGUGGACGCGUGUUAUGCGACCGAAGACUGUUGGUUCUAGCAACCUCGACAAGGUGUUCAAUUCCAGAAAGCUGGACUUCUUCAUCAUGACAUCCUCUUUUGCAGCCAUUGGCGGACACGCUGGCCAGUCGAAUUAUGCCGCUGCUAACAUGUUCAUGAAUGGCCUAGCAGCCAAUCGCCGGCAACGAGGACUCGUCGGAUCAGUGCUGAACAUCGGUGUCAUCUAUGGGCUAGGCCUUCUUGCGAGGGAGCGGCAGGAGAUCUACCACAAUUUGGAGAUGGAAGGUUAUCCGCCAAUAUCCGAGCGCGACAUCCACCACAUGUUUCUCGAGGCCAUUGUUGCAGGUCGACCGACCGCCAGGCAGAUCAUGGAUUUGACGACUGGGCUGUCCCGGUAUCGCGUCAACGACCCGAAGCCCUUGCACUGGCAUCGCGACAGCCGCUUUUGCCAUUUCACAGUCAAUGUCGACGACGACACUGCUGGUCCGCAUCGGGAAGGCCCAGAGGAGAAAAACAUUAAGGAGCUGAUUGAUGCGGAGAUAUCGGCCGAAGCAAUUUCGAACCUUUUGUCUUACCACUUCUGCCGUCACAUAGAGACCAUCCUCCAGCUGUCUGUACACAGCGUGACCCCUGAGAGCCACAUCUUCGAGCUGGGAGUGGACUCAUUGGUGGCAGUUGAGAUUCGCAACUGGUUUUACAAGAGAGUGGGUAGUGAUGUGCCAGUGAUGAAGAUCCUCCAGCCACUGAGUAUUUCAGAAUUAUGCCUUGACAUCGCCAACAAGAUAGUUGGCGAGAGAAAGUAG